UCUUUUUGAUCUAUUUCAAUGAAAAAUAGACAAAUUGGAUUUAUAUCUGAGUGCUUAGUGGGAUUGAUCAAAGCCACAUUUUGGAUGUAACGUUGGAAUUUAUUUCACUCUAUUGUUGAUAACGAUACAAUGACUGAUUUGACUCUUGUUUGGUAUCUACUUUCUAGCCUCAUACAAGCAUCUGUGAAUAUGAAACUUCCCAGUCUCAGAAAUUAGAGACCACCACCCCUGUCGGCCCAAUCGCAAAAAUUCAGUUUACCGAUAGAAUUCUCUUUUUUAUACAUGUUUUUCUGGCUCACUAGAGAUGAUAUUGACUAAUAUAUAUUAGAAAAUGUAACUUUUUGCCAGUUGUGAAUUCAAAUUCUCAUUUUUUAGGCAAUUCAGUUUUGGUAAGCCUUUGUAGCAAUGUAACGCAUUCUUUACAGUGAAUCCAGAUAAUGUUCCUAAAUUUCAAUUGACGGGAAUGAUAUUCUACUUAUUUCAACAAAUGCUGAAAUUUAGUUCCUCAUUGAAUUUGGCUUUUGUUUAUUAACUUUUACUUGUUAUUUCAGCUCACCUAAUCUAGUUAAAUAGAAAAUGUAUAAAUAGUAUAUUCUGGAAAUGUGAGAUCAAAUUCAGAUACAAUUUUUUCAUAAUUGGAUUUACGGACUACCAGAAUGUCGAAUCCAUUAAAAGUAAAUUUUCCUAAGCAGCAGAAAUCUAUAAUUGACCCAGAGAAACUAUUCACAAAGCUUGAAAGAAUAGGAAAAGGCUCAUUCGGAGAGGUUUAUAAAGGAAUCAACAAUAAGACGCAAGAGGUCGUGGCAAUAAAGAUAAUUGACCUUGAAGAAGCAGAAGAUGAAAUUGAAGAUAUUCAACAAGAAAUCACUGUAUUAAGUCAGUGCGACAGUCCAUAUGUUACAAAAUACCACGGCUCUUACUUGAAGGGCACAAAACUAUGGAUUAUUAUGGAAUAUUUGGGCGGCGGAUCGGCGCUGGACCUGAUGAAAUCUGGAGAUAUAGAAGAACAUUAUAUAGCAACAGUAUUACGAGAAAUAUUAAAAGGACUCGACUAUUUGCAUAGUGAGAGAAAACUACACAGGGAUGUAAAAGCGGCGAAUGUUCUAUUGUCUGAGAAUGGUGAUGUCAAACUUGCUGAUUUCGGAGUUGCGGGUCAACUCACAGACACACAAAUAAAACGAAAUACAUUCGUCGGAACUCCAUUCUGGAUGGCUCCAGAAGUUAUAAAACAAUCUGCCUAUGAUUUCAAGGCUGAUAUCUGGUCACUCGGAAUUACAGCUAUUGAGCUUGCGAAGGGUGAACCCCCAAAUGCAGAUCUUCAUCCUAUGAGGGUCCUCUUUCUUAUUCCAAAAAAUAACCCACCUACAUUGGACGGGAACUUCACCAAAGAAUUUAAGACAUUUGUGGAAGCAUGCCUAAACAAAGAACCAAGACAUAGACCAUCCGCUAAAGAACUCUUAAAGCACAGAUUUUUGAAGCAAGCUAAAAAGACGUCGUAUCUUAUUGAACUGAUUGAACGACAUCGACAAUGGAAAUCUGAACAUAACGAUUCCGGAAGCUCUAGUUCUGACGAUGAAAAUUCUGAGGAUUCUGAAGAUUCACCAGAGUGGAGAUUCCCAGGUGACACAGUAAAAAUACCGGGAAAGAACGUUCUUGAAAAUGGAAUCAAGUCCAUGUAUAUAAAGUCACGUUCAUUACAGGAAUUAUUGACACCUGUUUUAAAGCAGUUGAAGGAAAACAAAUUUCAAGACAGUAAUAACAGAUCAGCGUUAGAUGAUAUGAGGUCGGCGUUAGAACAAGCUGAAAAUACUUGCCCAGGAAUUAACGACAAACUUGUCAAUAAUUUAGUCGAUAGAUUUCGGAAAUACAAAGGCUCAUCGCGGUGAUCUUACUCAGCUAUAAAAAAAAUGAUGUUUUACGUCCUUCAGCAAAAAAAAAACUUGAAACUCCACCAGGAUUCUUCCAUAAGUGUUUUGUACUACCAAAUAUCGAUAAAAAAUACUCGAGCGUCAAAGACCAAAUAUUUUAUUACUGUCGCUGCUCGGCUGCGUUUUCGGUGUUUCCGAAGGAUGCGUACCAAGAUGGCGCAUACCCUGUACAUAGUAUGUGUACCAGGUUAGGGUUCAGGUUGUGCGUCAUCUUAGUACACAUACUUCCUGAGCGCCGCGUUUCCAACUUUAUUCAAUGUUGUAGAAUUUGCCUAUGCAUACCACCUCAAUCAAUAAAAAGAAAGAUCUUCCGGGAUAGUUAUAAUAUAAAGUUCAAGCAUGCUGAUCGUAACGUAUGUAAACUUUUGUGUGUCCAUUUUCAUCCCUGGACCAAAUUUCAAGAACUCAUGAUGAGUAUGCAUGAGUGUUUUUUUAAAGCGUCUUGGAAUGAAAAGCUACCUGCUUUGUGUUUUUGUGAACCAACAAAGAAGUUCACUUUAGAGUAUUUUGAUAUUCUACCAGUUUUUAUGAAAUAUUUUUAUUCUUUAAUCUUUGCGUUCGCAAGAGAGUGGAAAGAUAUCAUCGAAGUUUGGAAAAUACAGUUUAAAUGAAAUAAAAAAUUGCAGUUUUCCUGGAUUUUAGAUAAAAUUCUCCAUUUGAGUUCAUUUGACAUAGUAAAAUUUGGCAUGUUUCAUGAUUCUGCCCUACAGCAUAUGAUUUCAAAAUGGCAAUGGCUAUGUUACUCUAUUUGCAAUCUCUUAAUACAAAAUUAACAAAUAGUAAAGCAAUACUAAUUUUUUAUAUUUAGUUUAAUCGCUAAUUUUAGUUUCAUGUCCCUACUAACUGAUUUUCAGACCAUUUCUCGUGUAAAAAAUAUUCAAAUGUUUGUGAAUGUCAUUUCUUAUUCCUACUCUUCCUUGUCACAUUCACAUUUGAUAAUGAUUUGCACCAGACAGUUUUUCACAUACAGAGUAUAAAACCGUUCUUAGCAGUUUUGUUCAAGCAUCUUAUGAUCUAAACUUUAUGGAUAUCCAAGCCAGGCUUUUCAAAUUUUGUUCAUUGCGUUAUCAGAAAAGUAUUUCUCGAAAACCAUAGAGUCAUCUUUGCAACAUAGAUAGCCACAUGCCCUCAUUUUUAAGCCAGCUUCAAACUUUUUGAGGAUUUGGCUUCUGGUUCGGUUUUAGCUUCUGGUUCUCCUUACAAUUCUUGUGUGAAUAUAUUGUGUUUUCGUGACUUUCUCAAUUUUUUUCAUUUAAAAUUUCGUUUCGAUCAAUUUUUUGACAUCUAUUUUGUCCAAAUUUUAGGUAACAAUUAAGAGUGGCACAAAUAUUAAAAUUUAAAUGCAUUUCUAAACAUCUAACCCUAUUUCAAAUGGAUUCUAUUUUCCUUGUUAAUAUGUUUAAAUAUCAAAUAUUAAAUCAAAUAAAUAAUUUAAUCUAGCAUAUGGGAUUGUGAUGGUUGAACAAUGCCACCACAUUAUAAACAAAAUGUUGAUAUAAAAAGAGAAGUCCAAUUUCAAAUCAAAACAAUUUUGGUUUAUUGAAGGCUCCAUAAAUAUUCAGUGAAAUUUUCUUUUGUACAAGGGUCAUGUCUUGUGCUUCGGAGUAUAUCAUUUUCCUCUUGACGGUAAAAAACACUACGCAAUCUACUCUUUCUUCCAGUCGUAAUUAUGCUCGACACUUGAGUUUGGUUGGAAAAUGCUAUUGUAUAUAUUUUUUUUUGAACAUUUUGAUUAUUUUGUCCAAUGUAUUCUAUAUUGUGAUGUAUUUUUGAGUUUUAUUUUAUAUUUUUUCAUUGUAGUUCCGAGGAUACCGAGGCGGGUGCUUCAUUUUUAUCACGAGUGAAGUUAUACGGAAUUUUCAUGAAUAUAUAUUACAUGCUCUAAAAUUGAAAACAGCUAUUUAUGUAUAAUGAUCUUGAUUGAAUGCAUCUGCCCCACUACAGGCCUUACAGGCUCAUUUCUCUACUUAUAGCUCUUUGUCAGAGGCUCAGGACAUGUAUCAAAAUUGGUCUCCAACUUCUGUUUUACUGGGAAUCGGAUUUUGGAUUGAUUCAGAGAAGGGUUUGAGACAUUGAAGGACCAGUCUUUGGGUAUCACCUCCGACCCCCGAUUAAUGAAUUUCUGAAUCUAUAUAUUCAAGUAUUGUCAAGCCUUUGCCAAGUCGGUAAUGUCAUAAUCCCACUUUCCACAUUUUAGAAUAACGCAAGACCCUCCAGCAAACCAAAAUUACAAAUUGUGCUGCAUGUAAAUUUUUUUACACAACAUCAGCCUCUUAAAUCCUAUCCUAAAAGAAUUCAUGAAUGUUAGAUGAGAACUAAUUUGUAAUAUUUGGACACUUUUCAUAUUCAUUAAAUCAAUAUACAUUCAUUCAAUUAUUAUCAUCAUUAAUGCGCCAUUUUGUAUCCUUUUGAUGCCAUUGUAUGAGUAUUUUGGUGGAAUGGGAAUUCAUUAUGGCGAAUUGAACUGAAUAUAAUGGUCUGUGGUCUCGCAGGCUAACUGUGCCAGGGUACAUGUUCAGGAUUUAAACAAAACUAUCAAUGUAUACAUGUGAUGCAUUGAUAUCAUGUUACAAAAUCUAUCUAUUCAUAGUGUAAGGUUUAAUUUUUGCAUGCUUUGCUGUUUAAAAUGCUCUUUUCUAGGUUGAUUUAGUUUAUGACAAUUGCCAAUCUGCCAUGGAUAAAGAUUAAAUAUGUGUCAGAAUUUGAGUUCUGCUUAGGCAUUUUUUUCAAGGACUUUUUUGUUGAGUAAAAAUAUGUCAUGAUUUUUAUACCAACAAUUUUUAGUUAAACAGUUUAACUUUGUGUCCACAUUUUUCAGUUCUGCCAGCCACAUUUUAAUUACAUUUCACAAUUUGACAUUUUGUGCCUUUUAGCAUCUACAUAUUAUAUAUAUUCCCUCAUUAUUAUUAUAUAUAUGAUGUAUUUCUAACUUGUCUUGGUGUGUGUUGUUUUUUUUCACGAUCUUUCAACCUCGAGCCAAAUUUUAAUGUCUUCGAGAAUUAUGUAUAAGGUUUGUUGAAACCUAAUUCAUUAUCUGCAAUUUUUAUCAAUCUUCUUCGAAAAUGAAUGAUUGAAAACCUAGCAUUUUGUGGCACAUCUAAUUUUUAUGCUUGAUAAUGAAGUGUUGUCACAUGUGCUCAUAGUGCAAUGCGUUAUAGAAUUUUAAUUCCUCUGGAUUGUAUCGAGUAUAAAUAAAUUUUUGAAAUUAAUUA